AUCUGGCUGCGGUCGCCACCGGCAGGCUAUAAAACUCAGACUGGCGGACAGCGUGACACUUUCCAGAAGGACAGUCGGAGAGCCAGUAGGUGAAAUCCCACUCAGUCAGGAUGUCUAUCACUAAGAUCCAUGCCCGGGAGAUCCUCGACUCCAGAGGAAACCCCACCGUGGAGGUGGACCUCUACACUGCCAAAGGCCGUUUCAGGGCAGCCGUGCCCAGCAGUCUAACCUCUCUCUCUCUGUGUGUGUGUUCAGGCCGUUUCAGGGCAGCCGUGCCCAGCGGUGCCUCUACCGGUGUCCAUGAGGCUCUGGAGCUGAGAGAUGGAGACAAGUCACGCUACCUGGGAAAAGGUACCGUUAAGGCUGUGGAUCAUGUGAACAAGGACAUUGCCGCCAAACUGAUUGAGCAGAAAUUCAGCGUUGUUGACCAGGAGAAGAUCGAUAAAUUCAUGCUGGAGUUGGACGGAACUGAGAACAAAUCUAAGUUUGGAGCCAACGCCAUCCUGGGUGUGUCUCUGGCGGUCUGCAAGGCAGGAGCAGCGGAGAAGGGAGUGCCCCUGUACCGUCACAUCGCUGACCUGGCCGGACACAAGGACGUCAUCCUGCCCUGCCCCGCCUUCAACGUGAUCAACGGUGGUAGCCAUGCUGGUAACAAGCUGGCCAUGCAGGAGUUCAUGAUCCUGCCCAUCGGAGCGUCUAACUUCCACGAGGCCAUGAGGAUCGGAGCUGAGGUUUACCACAACCUGAAGAACGUGAUCAAGGCCAAGUACGGAAAGGACGCCACCAACGUAGGAGAUGAGGGUGGCUUCGCACCCAACAUCCUGGAGAACAACGAGGCUCUGGAGCUCCUGAAGUCAGCUAUUGAGAAGGCUGGAUACCCAGACAAGAUCAUCAUCGGCAUGGACGUGGCUGCCUCUGAGUUCUACAAGGCAGGAAAGUACGACCUGGACUUCAAGUCACCUGACGACCCUGCCAGAUACAUCACUGGCGAUCAGCUGGGAGAUCUGUACAAGAGCUUCAUCAAGGGAUAUCCCGUUCAGUCCAUUGAGGAUCCCUUCGAUCAGGAUGAUUGGGCAGCAUGGUCAAAGUUCACUGCCGCUGUCGACAUCCAGGUGGUGGGUGAUGAUCUGACCGUGACCAACCCCAAGCGUAUCCAGCAGGCUGUGGAGAAGAAGGCCUGUAACUGCCUGCUCCUCAAGGUCAACCAGAUCGGCUCCGUCACAGAGUCCAUCAAGGCGUGUAAGCUGGCCCAGUCUAACGGAUGGGGUGUGAUGGUGUCUCAUCGUUCAGGAGAGACAGAGGACACCUUCAUCGCUGACCUGGUGGUCGGACUCUGCACUGGACAGAUCAAGACUGGUGCCCCCUGUAGAUCAGAACGUCUGGCCAAGUACAACCAGCUGAUGAGGAUUGAGGAGGAGCUUGGAGACAAGGCAAAGUUCGCUGGCAAGGACUACCGCCACCCCAAGGUCAACUAAAUCCUGACCUCUGACCUAAACCACGGCUUUCUUCUUCCCCCUCUCCAUCAUGACUGGGUUCAGGGGUCAGGUUUUGGUUUUAUCUUCGACCUCCUCAUCCCUCCAUCCCUCUCCCAUCACAAGCGUCUUUAUUGAUGUAACGUGAGAAAUAAAACAAAUAAAAAAUGUAAA